GGACCUAACUAUAGAUCAAUGGGCUAAAAGCUAUGAUGGGAUAUCUGUGACAAGGGGUAUAUGGUACAAAAGUAUCCGGUUGUGUCCACCAAGAAAGCCCUGGUUCGAGGAAGCCGUCGAGCAGUGGACGUAGCGCGGAGCUGCUAAGUGGUGCAGGGAGCACAAGUGCAACACCGUUCACGGGCCCCACUGGCAAGCCAAUCGCGCUCUUCCCCACUCUCGCAGCCUCGCCUCUCUCUGACGCUAGGCUCACAACAGAAUUUUCACUAUGCUUCAAGAAACUCAAUAAAAAGGAUCCCAUCACUAGAACCAAGGCAUUACAAGAGUUAAGUGAGUUAAUUAAGAACAGCAAAGUGGAUGACGUGGUUGCAGCACUGCCCAGUUGGGCACAUAUGUACAAGGUGCUUACUGUUGAUGUAGACAAGAAAGUCCGAGAAGCAACACAGGCGUGCCACGGGCACUUCAUGGGCGCCGCCGGGCGCCGCGCGGCGCCGCAGCUCAAGCGGCUGCUGCCCGCGUGGCUGCAGGCGCAGCACGACGAGCACGCGCCCGCCGCCGCCAAAGCGCGCGCCUCGCUCGAGAGCACUUUUCCCGAGAGCAAGCUGCCCGAGGCCCUCGCCUUCUGCAAAGCGGAGGUGGCGGCGCACCUGCUGGAGGACCUCCUGGGAGACGCGGCGGCCGACACGAAGGCGGAGGACGCGGAGGAGCGCGAGCAGCGGCGCGUCCGCGUCGCCACCGGCAGCCUGCGCGGGCUGGAGGCGUUCGCGGCGCGGCUGCCCGACGCGCAGCGCGCCUGGCUGGCCGAGGCGCUGGCGCCGCUGCUGGCCGCCGUUCGCGGUGGAGGAGCGGCCCGUGCGCCUGCGCGUGGCGCUGGGCGCGGCGCACCCGCUGUCGCUGCCCGCCGUGGCGGCGCCGCCGGCCGGCGCGGGGUCGCCGGCGCCGGCCACGGCCUGGCUGGCCGUGUACCUGGCGCACCGCAACGGCUCGCUGCUGCACGCGCUGCGCAUGUGGAUGACGGCGCUGCACGCGCGCGUCGACGCCUCGCCGCAGUGCUACGUGUGCUACUGCCGCCUGCACCCGUCCACGGGCCGCCUGCCGCUGGUCACCUGCCGCCAGUGCCGCAACAGGUUCCACAACGAGUGCCUGCGCGCGUGGUUCGCGACCGGCGCCAAGUCCACCUGCCCGCUGUGCCGCGCGACCUUCUAGCGCCGCCCGCGGCCGGCGACGGGCCCGUCCGCUCGCCCGCGCCGCCGGAUCCGCGUGUACGCGUAACUACGUGCGACUUCGGUGCUACCGUGCGCGUACCGUUGAUGACUUUCCACUUUGUACCACCAUUUUAUACACCAGUGACCUACCGAUCGCCUUGUGCGAUGCAGUCUUGCGUUUGUUGAACGGGCCUCGAAAAAAAACAAAAAGGGGAGGCCUCGAAACUAUAAAAGAUCCUUCGACGUGCGCCUGUGACUGUAGUUAAUCGUUUAACGACCGGGACCCCGAAUCUGCUAAUUUCAAAUCGUCCGAGUUGUGUGUCGAUAGAGUAUCGAUGACGGAGUUUUGUACAUUUGGUAUUAUGUUAAAAAUCCAUCAGUUGCUAGCCACCGAACUACUAUUCAACUGCCAUUGCAAUUUUUUGAUAUUGUGGUCUUCAAUAGUGUGCGUAUACCCUAGCCGAAUUCGUACAACAAAUAGAGCUACAGUUGUCUGCUCUUUCGUAUGCCCUUCGAUGGCUACAGUAGCCAAUCUUAUUGGUAAAUAUCCGCAAACAGCGGCGCCACGUAAGGACACCGUCGACGAAGUGGUAAAAAAUGGCUGCAGGUGUUUUAGCUUUGAAGGCAUCACAUUUCGCGUCCAAGUCUGACAGUCUCUGCUCCUCAAAUUUUAUCACCCGAGUUUUCACAAAGUACCUCCACCUAGAACGACAACUAGACAGCAUUCGGCAGAAGAUACUCUUUGUGAACCUCGUGAAUCGAGGGUCACGAACUUGCGCGAAACGUGCUCACACCAUCGAAACUGGCGCCGCAUCAGAUAUCGCUGGUUUUUGCAAUACAAAUAUGGUUUGAAUAUCUGCCGCUGUCGUCUAGUCGCACAUUGACGUGAUAGUGCUGCCUAAAUACUUAAACUUCUCCACUUGCUUCAGAUUCAUCAAGAAAUAUCUCAAUCGAAAUAUUGGCACUAUGCAAGUCACUAAUUUUUAGACCGAAUCGGAAACAGACUUCAUGAAACUUUUAAACUUGACAGGUUAAAGAUUUCUGUCCAGAAACGUAUGCCCAUGAGUUUUCGAGAACUUCUCCCACCACAACUGCAAAGUAUAGUAUGAACAAGGUUGGUGCGAGAUCACAACCCUACUUGACACCGCAGCUUACAGAAAAGGACCUUGACUGUUCACCGUUGAAAGUUACACAACAUCACUCUAUCAUGCAGAAGUCGAAUCAAGUGUACAAACUUUUCAGGGCAUCAUUUUUGUCAAUAUGGUCCAUAAAGCCUACCGUGGCACACAGUCAAAGGCCUUCUCCAAGUCUACAACACAUAUACAGGGGUUGCCCCUGCUCACGACUUUUUUCGUGAAGCUAACGUAUGAAAAAUUAUGCUUCACAGUUACCCCUGUCUGAACGAAAUGCGAAUUGAGUUUCAGGCAGUCACGUCUCCGAUACUGAGAUAAGUCGGUUCAGGAGGUCUCUGGCAAAUACCUUUCCUAACACGGAGAGAAGUGAAUGCUUCGGUAAGAGUUGCAGUCGGAACGGUCCCCCUUAUUCUUGCCAGCGGGUACUUUUUCUUCGCUCCAAAUACGCUUAAACAUUUGCCAUAUAUGACAAUGUAUUCACUCUCCACCAUACUUGAGCAACACCAACAGCUUUUUUGUUCUUCUGCUCUGUGAUGGCUUGCACUACCUCAGUCAGCGUUGGAGGCUCGUCCAAGCAGGUGCUCCAACAAAGGUGGAAUAGAAUUGAUACGAUCAAGGUCGGCUGAUCGAUCAACAUGAGCAGAUUUUCAAAAUGGUCUGCCCAUCGGUCAAGUAGGUAUGUCGUUCUUAUCAGCUAAUUUAACUCCUAAAAAUUGUAAUGGUACUGUUCCGUUGGUGUGCACCAGUCAGCCUGUGUAAUUCCUCGUAGAAAGCACCACGCUGGUUGGCGUCAGAGAGCCACUGAAUUCUUUCGGUCUUUUUAAGCCACCACUCAUCCUUCAAUCCUAGUUAAUUUUUUUUAGUUACGAACCACUUUUCUUAAUCUCGGUGCAUAGUAUUUGAGUGUCAUUGCCGCAGCGCCUGAGAAGGCCACGGUGUUUUCCGUGCUGUAGACAAAACUCUAUAAUUCUGGUCAAACCAGUCUUCACAUACUUACUUUUUUGGCCCUAGAACUUCAGUGGCGUUCACGUUUAAUAUAAUGUAGAAGACAGGUAUUGCCAUUUUUCCGACAGUUCACCUUCAUUUGCUUUAAAUUUUCUUAAGACUCUCUUAAUUCAGGACAAUUCAAUCUACCAAGGUCAAACGAUGUUGGUUGGUUACAAGACCUGCGUGUUAACGGGAGACGCAAUUUCAGUUUUGAAAUAACCAACCUGUGAGCUGCCCAACAGUUCGCUUCGCACAUUACGUGAGUGACGUGAACCUGGGAGAUGUCUCGACGCCGUGUAAUUGCAUAAUCAAUUAAGUGCAAUGCUUGUAUUGCAUGCAUGCGCGAUCAGGUCGUUUUAUACUUGUCUGGUAAUCUGAAUAGAAUGAAGGUAACGUUUAGGUCGUAUUGUGCACAUAAAAUCAGGAGCAUUCGCUCAUUGCUAUUCAUAUUGCCCACACCAUGUUUACCAAGCACAUUUGGCUACGACUCGUGAUCCUGACCAACCCUCGCGUUAAAGUCGCCCAACUACAAUUUUUGCUCACUUGGGCAGAUUUUGCUGAGACAUUGACAGAGUUCUUCGUAAAAACGUUCCUUGAUGCCAUCCUCAUUCCCCAUUGUUGGCGCAUAUACCCUUACAACAUUUAAGAAGUUGUUAUUGCCGAGUUGAAGGUGUAGUGAAAUAAUAGUGUAUGGAUAGCACGUGUCGAUGGUAUAGUCCAUUUCCAUGGUACUUUUAGUAAGGCAACAUAGCAACAUCGAUCGUUAGUGAGGAAUUACAUCACUGCCAGUUAACUGAUACUAUCUCAAACUCAACUGCCAUUGCAAUUUGAUUUAAAAUAGACUAGCAAAUAUGACCAUAAUGGCAAUAUAAUCUCAAUCAUCCAUUGACUUGUGGUUUCAAGAGAAAUUAACAGAAUUGGGCCCCAGGUCGUUACCUCCCCCGCAAACCCCUUAGGCAUCUCGGCGCCUGCAGGCUGCUUUUUGCAAGAUGUUUCUUAAAUUUAACGAUUUCAUACAAAACAUGCUGAAACCCACAAACAACAAUAUAAAUUUAAACAAUCUUAUUUAACCAAGCCGUCACUAAUAAAAUUCUGCUUGACAAC